AAGAAGAAUGAGACAGCAGCCUUGACCCCUACACUGAGGGGAAGGUGAGCAGAAGGAAAGAAAGACAACACAGAAAAGCCAUGCAAGCACCAAACCUGUAGAUUACUGCAGCUAUUUUUGCUUCACUGAGGACAGAUAUUUUACUGACAGCCAUGCAGCAUAAAGGCAUCAUGCUGAUUGUGUUCUUGGAAUGUUUUAUUUCUGGCCAUGGAGAAGCAGAUCCCGUGAGGCUACGAGCCUUCCGCUGCAGUGGCCGUUCCUGCAACCCUCCGGUGGGAAACCUCGCCACUGGGAGGACACCCAUCACUCUCACCACAUGCGGGCAGAACAGCACAGAGCUAUACUGCUCCUACCCAGACCAAAGCCUCCUCCAUCCAGCUUCCCAUGGCUGCGGGCAGCCUCGCUGCACCAAGUGCAAUGCCAACCAGCCUGAUAACUCCCACCUCCCUGCUGACAUGACCGAUGAUUUCUUUGCAAACCCAGUGUCCUGGUGGCAGUCUGCCCAAGGGGUGCACAGGGAAGAAAUUAGGCUGGACUUUGAAACGGAGUUCUACCUAACACACGUCAUUGCUGUGUUCAAGUCACCUCGCCCAGCCGCGAUGGUGUUGGAAAGGUCCCAGGACUAUGGGCAGACGUGGAGGCCCUACAAAUAUUUCUCUGUCAACUGUACUGCGACUUUUGGGCUCCAGGAUGACCUUACUGAGGAAGGCUCCAUGUGCACUUCCAGAUAUUCAGACGCAGUACCCUGUACCAGAGGAGAGGUGAUCUAUCGUGCCUUAACUCCAUCUAACAAGAUUGAAGAUCCCUAUAGUCCCGAGGCUCAAGAUCUCCUGAAACUCACCAACCUCCGCCUCCUUUUGUUAAAAAGACAGGAAUGUCCAUGCCGGGGUUUGGGAUUGGUAGAGAAACCUCAGAGAUUUGCCCACUAUGCUAUUUAUGACCUGAUCAUCCGGGGAAGCUGCUUUUGCAAUGGGCACGCAGAAGAAUGUGAACUUGCCAACAGGACAGGAGAGGUGGAGAAUGUGGUCCAUGGGAAGUGCGUGUGUAGACACAACACAGCCGGGGACCACUGUGAGAAAUGCGCGCCGCUAUACAAUGAUCAGCCUUGGAAGCCAGGAGAUGGAAAAACUGGGGCACCAAAUGAAUGCAAAAAGUGUCGCUGUCACAACCAUGCUGACAGCUGCCAUUUUGAUCUGAGUGUUUGGCUGGCAUCAGGGAAACGCAGUGGUGGAGUCUGUGACAACUGCAAGCAUAACACAGAGGGACAUCGGUGUCAGAGGUGCAAACCAGGCUAUUACAGAGACAGAGGGAAACCCAUGUCUUCUGCAGAGGUCUGCAAACCUUGCUCCUGCCAGCCAAUGGGUUCAGCCAAUGCAACGUUCAGCCGGAGCUGGCGAUGCCACCCCAAGACGGGAUUCUGCUACUGCAAGCCAGGUGUGGCGGGCCCCAACUGUGAUAGAUGUCUCAUGGGCUACUGGGGCUUUGGAGAAAAUGGCUGCCGUCCUUGUGACUGUGCCAGAGACUGCGACCAACAUACUGGAAACUGUUUCAAUAGCUAUGACAAUGAGCCAUUCUUUAAUAUCCCCAUUGGGGGACGAAUCCCUGACCUUGUGCAAACACCAACUAAUGAGAGUGAAGAUGAGUGGAAAUGGAAUGACCACGAGCAGGGAUUUUCUGCUCUGAGACACCCAGAAAAGUGUGUGUGCAAAGAGAAGGUGCUUGGAAGCGUCAAUGACUUCUGUCAAAUGAAAUACGCUUAUGUGAUAAAAGCAAGAAUCCUAUCGGCUCAUGACAAAGGGACGCAUGCAGAAGUUGUUGUGAAAGUGAAGAAGGUCCUGAAAUCCAGCAAAGUGAAAAUUGCUCGGAGCAACAGAAGCAUUUACCCAGAAUCCUGGACCAACAGGGGAUGCACUUGUCCCAUUCUCAAUCCCGGCACCGACUAUCUUAUAGCAGGCCAGGAGGACUCCAGGAGCAGCAAACUUCUCGUGAACAUGAACAGCCUGGUGAAACCCUGGAAAGCACAUUUGGGAAAACAAGUGGCAGAUAUUCUUCGAACAGGGUGCAAGUAACUUCAGCUUCAGAAAUUACUGUGAUGAACUCUGCCUUUUAGUAACACUGCAGUGAAAGGUGUAGCUAGCUCCUGUGUUCCCAAUCAACAUGCUCCUAGCUGAAGUGAUGAAGGUGGGCUCACCACCCUUUCUCCUUUCAUUUCCAUAGAAAACGCUGGGACACGACUGCUUUCUUUCCAAAAAUGCACAGACUUAUCACAUAGCAUCAUCUGUAGGUUACAGUUUUUAAUCUCAGCCUGAUUCCGUGUACCCAGAGAAUCAUUUUACAAGGCAAAACUGAAGGUAUGGAUUAGUGCUUCCACACUUCCAGUCAGAGCCUGAUAUUAAUACAUAUAAGCUGCUUACAUAACGCAUUCAUUACUUGGGUGUAGUUUUUUUUUUAAUAAGUGACCACUAACAGGCAGCAAUUUCUUUCAGCUUCACAAGUGGCAUAAUACUAGAUAAGUAUGUCGAAUAUAAGAUUUAUCUAAAGGAGCUCAGAUAUUUUUAUUUACCAUCAAACAGUGGUUAUGCCAAUAUUACAUACUGCUUUCCAGAAAGCAGUGCUGUCAGAUGGCUGAACAGAAACAAACUAACACAGGACUCACCUGGGACAAGGCUCUGUAGAUGUAUUUUGCUACCAUCAGUGCAUAGUGAUGAGCUCUGCUGCAGAAAGCACCUUAGCACAAACUUGAUUCCAAAUCCGACUUUUGCUCUCAUUUUGCUCUUUGCUGUAGUACUCAAAACUGUAACACCAGGCAAAGGUUGCACAGUGAUUGCUACCAAAAAGCCUUAUGCUAGGAAAGAGCCAAAACGUGAUGAACUUGAGCUUCUCCUAUGUCAAGUUUGUAGUACUAUAAAAGCUACAAAAGUAGGAGGUAAAUGGGUUGCUUGUAUUGCAUAUUAAAUGGGAUAGCUAUAGUUACUGUGAGAGCAACCUGGCUAUUCAAGCUGUGCUCAAGACCACUGACAUUUGAUUUGCACUUAGUGCAUUCUGCUUUAUUUCUCUUGGUCACUCUUGAGGUUAAGAUACUGAACUUCAGCUGCCUUCCCAUUGUACGUGAGGAUUCUUCUCCCACCCCACAGAAGUACAGGUGAGGUAACAUCUGCACUCCAGGUGGAAAUAGUCCUGUCCUGCAAAAGCAUUCUUCCUAAACCAAUUUUCCCCUACACCAUAGUAACGAAGAGGUAGCUAUUUUAAUUGUUCCCUAACAAAAUGUUUUGAAGAAAGUGCAGUUCUUGACCUCUGCCCAUAGGACAGGGAAAUCAUGAUCAAAUGAUCAAAUGGAGUUCAUUUACAGAUCAUCUCAUUAAGUAAAGCAGAAAUGAUAAUGGAUUGGUCCAUACUUUCAGGUGGUCACACGUGCUACUUCUGCAUGGAUCUUAUUUCAUGUCUACAAUUUGUCUGAUGCUCUCAAAAAGAGGCGCUACCUUAAUUUAGCACUCCCUGACUGGUACAUGGGAAAAUCCAAAGCUAAUGCAAAAGGACGGCUGUUCUAGGCUACAGGCUUAUUCUCUUCAUCACUGGGAACCUGAAAAAAACAGCUUUGUUAAUUCUAAUUGCCUCUGUUUUUCUUUUAACUUUGCAUCGGUUGAACAGCAGAAAAACCUUCAGGUCAUUUGGAAAUGGAUGACAGGCAGGUAUCAAAAAAAAGCACUGCUCUUCUGCUGACAGUGUAUAAAGUGUCCCUCUCUCCCCUUCCAAGAAACCUCCCCUUCUCCCUUGCCAUAGAUUUUCUUUCCUUCUGUUUGUCCUACAAGCACUUCAUUAUUUAUUUGUUGUUGCUAAAGUGGUAUCCGACAACGUGGCAUCUCCAACAAGCUAUUUAAGUAAUGCAAUAAAACACUUUUUAAACAGGA